AUGUGGGUCCCUGCCCUUCUCCUGCUCAUCCUCCUGGCCCUGCUGCCCCCAGCCAGCAGUACCGACCCAGGCCAGCCCUGCCCGUCGGAGAUGAACAAGGUCAAGGACCUCCUGGAGGUGAACUGCACGGGGCAGGCUCUCAGCACGGUGCCCUCAGACCUGCCUGUGGACACAGGCAUCCUGCUGCUCAACGCCAACCAGCUGGCAUCCGUCUCCACCGCCACCUUCCUGCACCUCACGCAGCUGCAGGACCUCGACCUGUCUGACAAUGGGCUGGUGGCUCUGAACACUGGGCCCAAGCUGCUGUCCUUAAAGGAGCUGAUCCUCUCCCGCAAUGCACUGAGGGCCCUGCCCACCCUGCAGGGCCUGCCCAACCUCACCCGCCUGGCCGUGGCCCACAACAGCCUGGCAACACUGGCCCUGGGGGCUUUCCAUGCUGUGCCACAGCUGGAGGACCUGAACCUGCGAGGGAACCAGCUGCGGACACUGCCCCAAGAGGUCUUUGCAGGGCUGAGGGCGCUCAAGGACUUGGACCUCUCAGACAACCUCCUGGAGGAGCUCCCCAAAGAGCUGCUGCAGGAUCUGCAAAAGCUGGAGACUCUCUGGCUCUCGGGGAACCGCCUGCAGAGCCUGCCCACCGACUUCUUCCCCCAGGGGCACCUCUUCCUGUAUGUCUUCCUCACCGAGAACCCCUGGCACUGUGACUGCAACCUGUGGUACCUGCGGUCCUGGAUCCGGCAGAAUGAGGAUAGUGUCUAUCAGGCAGAGCGAAGCCUAGAAGAGACCAAGGUGGAGGUCGCCCCUGAGAAGGUGCUGUGCCACAGCCCUGAUGAGCAUCGGAUGAAACCCAUCAUCCGCUUCAAGGCCAACUGCAAAAGUGUGGGGGAUGGAGAUGAGGAGGAAGAGGAUGAAUAUGAUGAUGGGGAAGAAACGACGAAGAAAGCUCCCAUGACCACCACCAUCCCCCCACAUCCAUCCGUUCCCAAACAGCACACUACCAUGCCCAGUGCUACUACCUGGCCUCCCCUUGCUGCCACAAUCUCUCCCCUCAUCACCCCUUGUAGCUCCACCUUGCUGGCGCUUGUGAUGCCGGCAAGCACCAGAGCUCACAGCGCCACCACUCCUGCACCAGCCAGUCCUACCAUCACACCCCCACAGAACCCCAGCACUGCUGCCAUUCUCCCUGCUGCUCCUACCAGCACCCCACACAGAGCCACCAGUGACAUCUCUGCCGUCUCACUGCCAACCACUAUGAGCACCAGACCUCCCAGCACCAGCAGCAGCCACCAAACCACUGUCGCUGCCAGCACUACCACCCCCACGAUGUCCAUUGGCCCAUUUUCCACCACCUCCACAGCAGCACCUUCUACUGCCAUGCCAGAGGCCUCUUCCAUUGUCAGAUCUUCAUCUCCUCUGAUGUCGACCACGCUGGUGGUCUCAACUACCGUGCUUUCCACUCAUGCCCCCACACCACCAGCUCCCCUGAACACCACACGCUUCACCCAGCCUGCAGCUUCCCCUCCACCUGCACCUUUCCCCCUCUGCCCGUGCUCCACCCUAGGGAUGGCCGUACCCAUGCUGCGCUCACGGGCAGGUGCCGAGGGUCCACAGUGGGGGCAGUGGGUGCUGAGGCACUGCUGCCUGUUGCACUGGGUGCUCUACCUGGCCUCCUUGGCUCUACUGGUCCUGACUCUGCUGGCUCUGGCAGGCUGGCUGGCAUGGAUGUGUCUGGUGGGACAGCCCUCCUGGCACAAGCCUGUGCAGAGCCCAGAGGUGCAGCAUCCACUGCUGAGGUGGAGGGAGACGACAGGAAGCCCUGCGAUGCAUCUCAGCAGCUUCCAAAGCCCCCUCCAGCGCCCCGUGUUCUGUACCAUCAAGGAAGUAGAGUUGUGCCCUGAGGUCAUUUACUGCACGAUUAAAGACCUGGGGAUACAGCGCCGUCCUCCUGCAGAUUCCUCCUUCUGCACCACAAAGGAGCUGUGGGUCCACCACAGUCCUCCGAACACUUCAUUCAAGUCUUUCUCUAGGAAGCAGAUGGUCACAAACCUCACCUCCCUGAGGACCCCUUCUGCUUACAGCCUGGACAGGGGUGCCAAGGCCAUUGGUGACGUCAAAGUGAAAUAUGCUGGCAACACCUUGUAA